CUCCCACAGUUUCUCGCGCAUUGUCUUGCCGUUCUCACGUGUUGGUACACUUUUCCCGACCCGAUUCAUCGAGACGACACUCGGGUCGCGCCUGCUGUUUGAGCAGUCACAUCGACUCGGGCUAUCACUGUUAUUGUGAACUCCGUGAGUCACGAGCCUCCGAAUGAUUUUCCGUCAAUUUUCCUAGAGUUGGUCACAGUUACUGAGAAAAUAAUUAAAGAGUACCUGAACCGUGAAACGAUUGAAGUUGUGAAUUGGUGUGAUGUCUCCAUAAAGUCAAAUUCUGAGUAUUAUGGGAGUGUGGUGGUUACCUUCUCCUCUCGGCGGGAGAGGAUGCUGAGUGUCCAGUUAUGUUCUCUGCUCUAGCGUAUCAGCUAUCUACCACAUUUUUAGAGGAGCAAAAGUGUCCGGGCGUGCGGCGCGCCUCCCCAGUGAUGUCGAAGAAGCCGGCGGCGGCGCCCACGCUUCACAAGGUGAUCAUGGUGGGCUCGGGCGGCGUGGGCAAGUCCGCGCUCACGCUGCAGUUCAUGUACGACGAGUUCGUCGAAGACUACGAGCCCACGAAGGCAGACAGCUACAGGAAGAAGGUGGUGCUGGACGGCGAGGAGGUGCAGAUCGACAUCCUGGACACGGCGGGGCAGGAGGACUACGCCGCCAUCCGCGACAACUACUUCCGCUCCGGCGAGGGCUUCCUCUGCGUCUUCUCCAUCACGGAACCUGAGAGCUUCGACGCCACGCAGGAGUUCAGAGAGCAAAUCCUUCGCGUAAAGAACGACGAGAACAUCCCGUUCCUGCUGGUGGGCAACAAGUCGGACCUGGCCGACAAGCGCCGCGUGCCGCUCGACGCCUGCCGCGAGCGCGCCGCCGCCUGGCAGGUGCCCUACGUCGAGACCUCCGCCAAGACGCGCGACAACGUCGACAAGGUGUUCUUUGACCUGAUGCGCGAGAUCAGGUCGCGCAAGUCGGACGACACGCGCGCCACCAACGGCGACGUCAAGAAGAAACGCAGGAAAAUCAUCAAGUGCGCCAUAUUGUAGAGCUCCCAGCCGGGCGCCCCGAGUGUACUGUGACUAAUUUUACGCUGUGCUUCACGCUCUUUUGGUCUCACUGGAUUACAUUCAUUUCGUGUAGAAACAAACCUUGGGGAAUUCAAUUUUUUUCAAACAAGACAGUAACAAAUUCUCGCAACAGCAUACACUUUGUGUUGUUGUUCGUGCGCUAAACGAAACAGAAAAAUCUAAAUGAUUAGUUGAUGAUUGGAUUCCGUAAGAUUUGAUUCAUUAUUUUAAACUUUAUUUUAGUAAGCAUUGCAAGAUUUAGUAGUCACAAGUAUGUUUUGAUAUUGUAUUGCGAAUGCAGAUUAUUUUAUAAACAAAUGCAGUUGAGAACGGUUCUCAUCGAGAAUACUCUAUUCAAUGGAAUUUUAAUGUUAAGGAAAUUAUUUAUUUUCGAAUGGCCACUCAUUAGAAUUGUUUUCACAAGAUGUUUUGAAGUAGUAUCUCACCGAUAUAAGGUUUACGAAGCCCAUAUAGAAGGGACUUAUACCCGAGUCGCGGGUAGAACUCCGGCCGCCGCGCUUCGCUUCUGUUCGGAAUCGCUGCCAUACUAUCCUCAUCCUUACUACGCACGUAGUAAGAAUUAAAUGCAAACCAGUAUGGCAGCGAAGCCUGAUUUACUCUAGGUUUAAGCGGCAAAGGUUAUGUGAGGACCAUGGCAGACAUGUUACUUUUAGCGUGGACGAUUUUGCGACCGGCAUCGAUGCAGUAGUGUGUGUGUGUCAAAGUAGUAUUGGCUGGUUUGAUGAUCAGCCGCCAGUCGUCGGUCGUUGGCGCUCAAAGCAUCAUGUCCGCCGCAGCCCUAUUGUACUAUGAUAUUCGCCCAUUUUGGUGCUGGCAUUUUUUGGAUGCCGCUCCAGACCGACGGUGUCGGGCGGCAUCCCCCUAUUGUUAUUAUUAAGCUUUGUGCUUGCACGUUGUUUUGUAUGACGAUUUGUAAUUUCAUCAUUCUAAAAUGCAAAAUGAAACACGGAUAACUGCGGGCGGACUGGGGAGUGCCUCAGGGUUCUGUGAUGGGCCCUGUCGUUCACGAUGUGUCUGGUUUCCCGCAGUCCGCCCGCGCAGAUUAGAUUGCCAUUAGUUGUCCGCAGUGACCCGUCUGACAAACGGUGUAGCGUAAGAUUUUGUAUUUAUUUUAAAUGGUAAGUGCUAAUUGUAUCGUGUAAUGUGUUGAUUGGAGUUGUUGUCCUCUUCAGUGUUUGCAGAAAUAUGAUACUCGGUGGUUAUAAACCUUGAUAUAAAUGUAAAAGGUCCAAUGUUGCUUAUGGAAUAAUUGAUAUUGGUUGAUACUGAAAGCGCAACAAAUUUUGGAAUGUCAUGGAAUCGGAAUGAUUGGAUAUUUCUGCAGGCACCGCGUAGUGUGUGAUCGUCUGCACUGCUCGUGGAUGUGGUCGGCCCGCGGUGUCGCUUCACGAGACUGCACAGUAGAUUCAGCGUACUAUCGUCAGAUGUUUUCUGUUCUUAUUCUUAUACUAAACACAAACUCACAGUGAAUGUUAGAAUGUACAACUAUCGAAAAUAAUUAUUUUAACGUAACUAUUAGGGCUGUCAUCCUGACUGUUCUAACUAGUAGUUUCAUGAGAAAUACCAUCGAAAUAAUAAUAAAAAAAGAAACAGAUUUUUUUAAACCAUUCCAAAAUGACAGCCUUAAACUGCUCAAUCAAAUACAAUAUUAAAUCUAACAAUAAAGUAAAUAAAUAACAUUUUCACACAUAAUGAUAAUUAUUAUGAAUAUAACAAUAAAUACACGAAUAGUCCCGACUUUGGCAACCAAAGUGGCAGGAACGCAGGAGUACUAUGAAGCGGUAACCGAAUGGAUGUUAGACAUGUGCUAGCUAUAUAACAUUACGGUAAUGUAUGUGAUUUGAAAUGCAAUUCGUUAACACGGAACUUGAUCAACGAACUGUUGGUGACUCAUAGACGUUUAUUGGAAGAUAUGCCAUCACUGUUGUCGUUGAUUUCAUAUAAUAAUAAAUAAGAAUACAAUAACAAUGAUUUUACUUGCUAUGUAAAAAGAUAAAAAAUGUGAUUUAUGCGGGAAUAAACUCUACAGUGAAGAAAGUAGAAACUAUUAUUUAUGUCAUUCAAACUCGUAAUACCGUAUUUUUAGCAGCAUUCUUAUUGCCUUGUAAGAAAAGGGCUGAUCUGCAUUAUUUUUGUUUUUAUAUGAAAUCAAUGAUUAUGAAAUAAGAAAUAGUAAUAUACAUACAUAUAUUUUUAUUCACUCCAUAUAAUAUACCUACCAGGGAAUAGGGUUAACGCGGCAUUUAUAGCAAUAACCUCGGACUAGCAUAAUACGUCCCGACACGACACACUAGGUUACAUGAGGGGCCAGUGUCGCGCGGGCUCGUACUGCCAACGUAGUGUCGUAGUAUCCACGCGAUAUAUUAUAUUGAGGCCUAGUCCACGUGAUUCCUGACACUUCAGUGCCUAAAACGAAUUUUUAAAUUAUUUUUGUAUGAAGACAAUAGAUGUUUUUUUUAAAUGACAUAAUAAGAUCAGUUUUGUUUUAUUUUUGAAGGUGAUGGAAGCAAGUGGACUUCAAAUUCUAUGAUUAUUAAUCUGUAAAGUAAAAGAUUAAUAUCAUAGAAUAUGAUAGAGGCACAUCGUAUUUUGUACCUACUCGAAUGUACUGAAGGUUUUCCUAUAGGUUAGUUUUAGUUUACAAAUGUAUGGAGUAUCGAUCUGUGUAUGAAAUGUAUAUCAGGCACUCACCGGAACAAAUUUAUAAUGGUACGAAAAGAUAAGCAGAAAUAUACUGAUUUGCAAAA